ACCGCCUCACUCUAAUCAAGCUGAUUAAAAAUUCCUGCGCGCGUGCAGGCGGAAAUCCACCACCAUCAUCAUCAUCAUCCUCGUUCUCCUGCACUUUUACUUCAUUUUCGCGUCCAUCCUCCUCCAGGACAGCGAGAGAGACGCGGGAGGACCAGAAAUCGGUCUUCAAUCGCGUCGUUUACGAGGUUUAGAGAUGAGGAGAAGCGGCAGGCAGCGCGGAGAGGGAGGGAUGAGCCGAUGCAACUCAUAAUUUAAUGGGGACAGACAGAGAGAGAGAGAGAGAGAGAGAGAGAGACGGGGAGCGAGAGAGAGACAGAGACAGAAGGGAAACAGAAAGAAAAGGACCGAGCGCGAAUGUUACAAAUGUAACAAGCGGAAGAUACAAUGUAGCGCUGACGUGCGUCAGGAAUGUUCGGAUGCUUUGACGUUUCAUUCGACGUUCGAAAGUGUCUCGCGCACUUUUAAAGCUGCUUCGGAUCCGCGGAUCGGCUGGAGAUGAGACGGCAGGUCGCCGGGGCUUCGUGCUGUUGUUUGGCCAGAUGAGAGGCGAUUCACGAGCGCUUCUGCUCCUAUAGACUCGUGUUGUUGAAGCUCAGUGGGAUGUGUAGGGAACGCUGGGGGUUACUUUUAUUUUUAAGCGUUAUUCUGCGCACAGAACGGACGGUGGAUGUGAUCGUAAACUCUAUGGAACUCUAGACUCACCGGAGAUCGUUGCAUUUUGGCUUGAUUGCAUGCGUCUACGGUCUUUAGCGCUCAUCACAUUUUAAAGUAGUUUACGCUUCGUCUGUGUGGUUCUACGUGUGUCAUGCGCUGUGAUUCACGGCUUAGCGUUUGAUAUUAGGUUAUGGUGUGGAAGAUCUGGAAGUUUUUUUUGUUUUAGGAUAGAAUAGCUGACAUAAAACUGAUAUUUGAGUGAAGUUUGUGCUCCUCCUGCCAAAACUUGAAGUCGCUGUUCAUCCACAGCUCCUUUAUAUGCUCCUCUUAAAGUGGUGACAGUGAGCAGUGGUGCUGAGAACCAUGGAGCAUCUCAGCGAAACAUGCCAGGGGAAGGAGAACUGCGAGAUGGUCAAUAAUCUGAACGACACCAAGGCCCCUCCGGCCAAAAUGGCCCGCCUGGAACAGAACGGAAGCCCGCUUGGCAGGUCUCGUCUAGGUAGCACUGGAGCGAAACUGUCCGGAGUGCACUUUAAACCCCCUGGACAUCAUCUGAAGGCCUGCCACAAGAGGGGUAACAUGCUGCCAGUGUUUUGUGUGGUGGAGCACUACGAGAGCCCCAUCGAGUUUGACAGCAAAGAGGAACAUGCUGAGUUUGUUCUGGUCCGGAAGGACAUGCUCUUCAACCAGCUAAUCGAGAUGGCCCUGCUCUCCCUGGGCUACUCACACAGUUCGGCUGCACAGGCUAAAGGUCUGAUUCAGGUGGGCAAGUGGAACCCCGUGCCUCUUUCCUACGUGACAGAUGCACCCGACGCCACAGUAGCGGACAUGUUACAGGAUGUGUACCAUGUGGUCACACUGAAAAUCCAGCUACACAGUUGUCCUAAACUGGAAGACCUUCCUCCAGAGCAGUGGACCCACUCUACAGUAAGAAAUGCGCUCAAGGAGUUACUCAAAGACAUGAACCAGAGCACUCUGGCAAAAGAAUGUCCCUUAUCACAGAGUAUGAUUUCUUCAAUUGUUAACAGCACUUACUAUGCAAAUGUCUCUGCGGCGAAGUGUCAAGAAUUCGGACGCUGGUAUAAACAUUUCAAGAAGACAAAAGACAUGAUAGUCGUGCGCCAGCCCUCCCAGCUGGAGGGCUACCUGGGGACGUGUGUCCUCCAUGACAGUCCACGUGCCACCACGUUAGCUGAGAUGGACAGUCUGUCUGAUCUUUCUCCACCCGGAACCAACCACCUCAGCUUCAGCCAGCAGCCCAUCCCGGGCAGCACGGCCGAGCAGUCCCCGUCCCCGGUGCCCCUGUCCCACAGCAGUCAGGCCCCCAGCCGUGCCCAGCUCCCCGGCCUGCACCCCGGCCUGGUGUCCAGCCCCAUCAGCCCUCAGCUGGUGAAUCAGCAGAUCGUCAUGGCUCAGAUCCUCAACCAGCAAUACGCCGUCAACCGUCUCCUGGCCCAGCAGUCCCUGAGCCAGCAGUACCUCAACCACCCGCCCGUCAACCGCGCACUCAACAAACCGCUGGACGCACAGGUGUCCACCAAUGCCGAGGUCUCAUCAGAGAUUUACCAGUGGGUCAGAGACGAGCUGAAGAGGGCAGGAAUCUCCCAGGCCGUAUUUGCCCGUGUAGCCUUCAACAGGACACAGGGUCUUCUAUCUGAGAUUCUUAGAAAAGAGGAAGACCCCAAGACAGCGUCUCAGUCGCUCCUGGUCAACCUGCGAGCGAUGCAGAACUUCCUGCAGCUACCGGAAGCGGAGCGUGACCGCAUCUACCAGGACGAGAGGGAGCGCAGCUUGACUGCGGCUUCUGCUAUGGGCCCUGCGCCGCUCAUCAGCACCCCUCCCACACGCCCUGUACAGCCCAGAAGAGAGGACUGUAACAAUGUGAGACCAGAAGACUGGAAUCCCAGAAUUCCAGUGGGCAUCUCUCCCGUGAAGCCCAGCCCUCUGACCUCAGAGUGGAACGGGAAAUCGGAGAACUGCGUGUUAAACAUCAACUCCUCCAUCUACGACGAGAUCCAGCAGGAGAUGAAGAGGGCCAAAGUGUCCCAGGCCAUGUUCGCCAAGGUCGCCGCCUCAAAGAGCCAGGGCUGGCUGUGUGAACUGCUGCGCUGGAAAGAGGACCCGUCCCCGGAGAACCGCACGCUCUGGGAGAACCUGUCCAUGAUCCGACGCUUCCUUAGUUUAUCCCAAGUGGAACGUGACGCUAUAUAUGAGCAGGAGAGCAACGGAGGACAGCAGCACCAUGUGGACAGACCUCCUCACCUGCUGCACAUGCCCUCCGACCCAUUGCAGACUCAUCAACAGCCUUCCUCUCAGCUCCAAGCGCCGCUGCCCCUGUCGCACCCCUCACAGCCUCCUCUAUCCCAGCAGCCCCUGCAGCAGCAACAGCAGCAGACAGGACCACGGCUGCCCCCGCGGCAGCCCUCCAUGGCUUCGCCCGCCGAGAUCGAGGACGAGAGCCGCUGCAAGAGCCGCCAAGGCAACCGCAUCUCCAUGGAGGCGCUAGGCAUCCUCCAGAGCUUCAUUCAGGACGUGGGCCUGUAUCCGGACGAGGAGGCCAUCCACACGCUCUCAGCACAGCUGGACCUGCCCAAACACACCAUCAUCAAGUUCUUCCAGAACCAGCGCUUCUACAUCAACCACGCCGGCAAGCUGAAAGAGCCACCCCUGGGCUUCACCUCCAACCACAAUAAGGACGAGGGCCUGACGGACUUCAAGGAGAGGGAGCUACUGACCGAGCUAGACGAGAGCGUGCAGACCAACAGCACGAUGUUCUCCAUUAAAAUGGAAGAGCACCUGGUGCCUGAAACGCACACCAUUGGACAGGCCCAAACUGAGCAGGAGGCGAAAGAGUAACGGACGGCUUGCUUUAGCUUAGAAUCGUAUCCUCGUUCACUCCUGCCAGUGUUCCAUGAACGAAACUAAAAGACUUUUAACACAAGACUGAAUAAUACAGAGAUGAUGAACUUUCACUGUUUUGUAAAGCGUAGGUUAUUUCACUGUAGAGACUCGUGCAUCAUUUCAGUAAUCUGCACAACCAAACACAAUGUAAAAAUAAAUCCUAAAGGAGUAGUUCACUCCUAAAUGAAAAUCUUUGUCGAAACUGUUGUUUCCUUUCAAGUGAAUGGUAACGUGGGCAGUCAAGCUCCAAAAUGCACAAAAGCAUCAUAUAUGAAGUUUUAACAAAGUCAUUUUAUGGGGUAGUAUAUGAUUUGUUUCCCCCUUUAAAUACAACUAAAACAUUUUUUUUCAUCUCUCUUUAAUAUUUUAUUUUAUUUAAUCAGCCUAAUGGACUCAAACCAAUAGAAUUAGUUAAAUUAUUCAAAACAAAAAUCAAGUCUGACAUCAGUGCAAAAAGUGUGAAAUUAUUAAACACUUGAGUUCGAAACAAAAUACUGUAGAUGUGUUAGAGGUGAGCGACAUGACCAAAAUCAUAUAUUAUAGUAUGAGGAAUUUUAUUUCACGUUGACAGUACAAGCAUGUUAGUUGCGAAAAAAAAAAAAAAAAAAAAAUUAUAUAUAUACUUAUAUAAUUUCUCUCACUUCUCUCAUUAUCUUCAUUUAUUAUCAUUUUUAUAUUUAUUUUUUAUUCUAUUCUAAUGGACUAAGAGCAAUAGGACUAAUCAUUCAUAAAUAUAUCAUGGUAUGAGUAAUUUUAUAUCAUGUUUAACAGUAUAAAUAAUACAAAUUGGUUAUCUGAACUGCACUGAUGGCCCCAGUUCUCAUUCACUUUUAUAUUAAAGAGUAGUUGCAUAUUUUAGAAGUCACUUUCUGACAGAAUUUUCAUGUUUGCCUGAACUAUUCCUUUAAGAGAACAGUAUGUUGCUGUGGAUAUUUGCUGACUGCACUUGUUGUCUGUUGUUUUUACACUGAUUUAAAAAAAAAAAAAAAAGUAAAGUGAACGGAGUUUGAUAGACAUUGAUGUUUACGUAUGUGAUGUUAACUGGAUUUUUAAGAAGAAAAAAAUGCAUGUAAUUGGAGAAGAGGGGUAGACAAAGGCCUUAAUGAUGAGGUACUGAGUCGAGCACUGCUGGCUAAUGAGUUAUUCUCUUUGAAAUAAAAAGGAUGGCUCACUCUCUGGAUCCCUACGACCUGCAGGUAAACCAGGGGAAAACAGCUCACUCUUAUUAUUUGGUUUGAAGAAAUAUAAAUAUAUAUAUAGAGAGAGAGAUCUAUAUUAAUUGUAAAAAAAGUAUACAGUCUUAAAGAAACUAUGCCAACAAAUGCCUUGUACUAUAUGGCACUGCCGAUGUUAGAUUAUUUUGCAAACUUUGGUCACUGUAAAAUCCUAGAUUUCCACAGUUUCAAAUGUGAAUCACAAGCAUCAUCCUGCAUUAUUUAUUUUGCGUUCUGAUGUAAUUACGUCUCGGGAACAUUUCCGUCACCCGGCGCUUUUCGUUUUACUGAUCUUUUUCUAUUUAUAAAUGUAAUUUUGAUGGGCAGUAAAAUCAGAAGUGUCUUAACGUUUUAAAUGGAAAAUGUGCUUUAACGGUUGCCUAAAAAAAGUGCUGUAUGUCAAGCAACUCAUGCUACGAGCUUCACAAUUCAUCUUGUAUGCAAUUUUUACUAUCAUGCAAAUAAUCUUAGGUAAAUGACUAACCUAUAGAGACCACCUUAGAGAGAAAAACAUAUGCAAUUUGUGUGAAAUCGAUGUUUGCAAUGUGUCUUCCUUUGGUUAACGAUUCAAUUCAAAGCUAUUCCUGUAUAAAUAUGAUGUAUAAAAAAGUGUUUCUUUUUUUAUGAGUUUAUUGCAAUGAGAACACCAGUUAUUUUGUUACGACUGACUGUUUUAUAAGUGUUUCUCAGUUUCUUUAUGCAGAAAUGUUCUAACUAGGAGUGGUUACUGAUUGUUAAUGACACAAUUAAACUGUUUGUAUUGUACUCUGAAUCUUUGAGUUAAUGUGCAUUAAAGAAUAUCCACAGCG